AUGUCUACUCCACAAUCCUACGAAGAGCUUUGGCUCGAUGGACCUUUGAACACCAGGUUCUACACUCGAGUCUAUUCACCCCCACAAUCUACAUCUACUCGCGCAGUGCUCGUCUACGUGCACGGAUACUGUGAUCAGAUCUCUGGGCAGUACUACACCGACGAUCAUGUCGCUAUGACGCAGCGCGGUAUCGCUGUCUUGACCUACGACCAGCGUGGCUUUGGUAAGACAGCUCUCGGCGAAGGUCGAAGCCCCGUCAGCAAAUACGGUAACACCGGAGGCGGAAACGAACGCAUGCACGACGUCGAGUGGGCAAUUACGGAGGCCUCCUCACGCUUCAAGGGCGCACCCUUGUUCCUCAUGGGCUUCUCUAUGGGAGGCGCACUCGUCGUGGACUUCUCUUCUCGCACUUCGAGCCCCCCGAGCAAGGAAACACAAGCUUUGAUUCGAGGAGUCAUUUCGUGCAGCCCUCUUAUUCGUCUCAUUAAUGGACCGCCAUCCCCAUUGCGCACCAUGCUGACCUGGACCAGUAAGGCCUUGCCAAACAUGCAAUGGAGCACCCCGCUAUUUGCUAAGGAACUGUCGCACGACCCGAAGAUAGCAGACUUGGUCCUCAGUGAUCCGCUAUUAGAACCGCACGGCUCGUUACAGGGGAUCGGGGACAUGCUUGAUCGUGGAGAGCACUUACUGAAGUCCGGCUUCAAGCUGUGGAACGAGGACCUGCCUGUUCUUUUCACUCAUGGAACUGGGGAUCCUGUCACUUCGUGGAAGGCGACGAAAGACUUCUAUGACAAGUUGACUGCUCGGGAUAAGAGCAUAAUCACUUACCCUGAUAUGCUACAUGCUCUCAACACAGAACCGGACGCGAAAGAGAAGUUUCGCGAGGACGUCAUCUCGUGGAUUGAGAAACACAUUUGA